CUCUCAGCAAUCUACCUCUCCUGCACUCCAAGCACGCUCCCCCAGCGCUACAAGACAACAAGAACUCAGGAAAGAUCGUGCCCAAAGCUUGCUCGCGGUACCUUCCAACCUCUCUCCCGGGAUCACGAGCAUUGAUCGAUCGAUGGCGGCCAAGGUGGCGGCGCCGCUCCCGUUCCGCCGCGCCGUGCGGGGCCUGCCGUUCGGCCGGCGGUCGCUUGCCGGCGGCUGCGGCGGCAGGAGCGGGCUGGCUGGGAUGGGAUGGAGCAGUGGAGCCGGAAGGCUCGUGGCGCCGGCGUGGUUGCCGCGGGCGCGUGGGAGGAAUAGUAGGUCCGGCGGCCGCGGCGGCGGCGGCGCUACCAGGGAGGACGAGCGCGUGGAGGAGGAGGAGGAGGCGGAGGACGAUGCGGUGCUGAUAAUCGACGGGGAGGAGGAUGAGGAGGAGUACGACGACGAUGAUCUGUCUGGGUUCAGAGGGCUCGUUCUUGAUCUCUCGUACAGGCCGGUCAAUGUCGUCUGCUGGAAGCGUGCGAUCUGCCUCGAAUUCAUGGAGAAGGCCGAUGUUCUGGAGUACUACGAUCAGACAGUCUCUUCUCCCAGUGGAUCCUUCUACAUCCCUGCAGUUCUCAGGGUUCCGCAGCUGCUGCAGGUGGUAAAGAGAAGAAGAGUUAAGCAGUGCCUUAGCCGGAAAAACAUACUUUACAGGGAUGGAUUCAGUUGCCAGUAUUGCUCUUCUGAAGAUGAUCUCACAAUUGACCAUGUCAUCCCGACAUCACGUGGUGGCAAAUGGGAAUGGGAAAACUUGGUAGCUGCAUGCUCGAGAUGCAACUCCAGGAAGGGUCACAAGACACUGCUGCAAGCAAACAUGAAGCUUCGCAAGGUCCCCAAGGCGCCAAAGGAAUUCGACAUCAUUGCGGUGCCCUUGACGAAAUCCGCGUUCAGGACGAUCAGGAGGAAGCAAGGGCUGCCUGAAGAAUGGCUGCAGUACCUUGCCGGAUCGUCUCCAUGAUCAAAGAGCUCUUCAGACCGGAGUUCAGACCUUAACUAGUAGCCACCUAUCAAUGUGUAUAUAUUACCAGGGUCUCCUGCCAAAGAUUCAUCCCUGUGACUCUGUCCUCGAUCCAUCCCUGUUCUGUACAUACCUACCAUCAGUAAAUAAAUCUGUACAUGCCAACUGAUUUUAUCAGUAAAUAAAGCAAAGAUACUGACCUGAAUAUAUACAUUUCUCAUGCA